GAUUCCAGCAUCGACGCCGGUUCCGGUUGUUUAUUUAUCACACUAUGUGCUCGGAUCUGAUAAAAUUUUAGAUUUACUUAGAAUCUUUGAAAGAGCUAAGGAUUAUAUUUUACUAUUAUUGCCUUUGAUUGUACACUGAAAAAUGGUAGACAUACGCAAUAGUUCCAUGGAUACCUCUCUUCCCAUUACAGAGAGCGGUGUGGUCAUUAAUGACUUUGACUCCCAUUACGGUUCUGUCAAAAGACAACCCAAAAAGGGCAACAGAUCUAAAACUAUUCCCUGUAGAGUCCGUAUGUUGGAUGGUACAGAUGCUGAAUAUGAUGUGGAUAGACGUGCCAAAGGUGCUACAUUAGCAGCAUUGAUUGCUGAUCAUUUAAAUCUUUUAGAAAAGGACUAUUUUGGUCUCACUUUUAUAGAUACAGACGGCAAAAGAAGUUGGUUAAAUUAUGAGAAGAGGAUAUCAAAACAAAUUAAGGCAACCUCAAGGAAUUUCAAAAGUGGUCCUUGGGAAUUUUCUUUUGAAGUGAAAUUUUAUCCUCCAGAUCCAUCUCAGUUGCAGGAAGAUAUAACAAGAUAUCAGCUUUGUUUACAAAUUCGAAAUGAUGUUUUAUCUGGAAAACUUCCAUGUUCCUUUGUCACAUAUGCUCUUCUGGGCUCUUACCUUGUUCAGUCAGAACUCGGAGAUUAUGAUCCUGAGGAGCAUGCCAGCAAUUACCUCUCAGACUUUCGUUUCGCUCCCAAUCAGACUCCGGAAUUGGAAGAAAAAGUAGCAGAGCUUCAUCGGCAACAUAAAGGCCAGACACCUGCUGAAGCAGAGCUUCAUUACCUUGAAAAUGCAAAGAAGCUAGCCAUGUACGGAGUCGAUCUGCACGAGGCGAAGGACUCGGAAGGAGUGGAAAUAAUGCUGGGAGUGUGUGCGUCUGGCUUACUGGUGUAUCGUGACAGAUUAAGAAUCAAUAGAUUUGCUUGGCCAAAGAUUCUGAAAAUCUCUUACAAACGCAACAAUUUUUACAUCAAAAUUCGACCAGGAGAGUUUGAGCAGUUUGAAAGCACUAUUGGUUUUAAAUUGCCCAAUCACAGAGCUGCCAAACGACUUUGGAAAGUUUGUGUAGAACAUCACACAUUUUUCAGGUUAAUGAUGCCUGAGCCUCCUCCAAAACCCAAACUCUUUGUGCCACGCUUAGGGUCCAAGUUCCGAUAUUCUGGCCGCACCCAGUACCAAACACGAUUAGCAAGCUCCCUCAUAGACCGACCGCCCCCUCAUUUUGAGAGGACGAUGAGCAAUAAACGUUUUACAUCUAGAAGUAUGGAUGGUGGAAUGUCUGCUCUUGGCUACAGGAAUCGUACAAUGUCUGAAUCCAGAAGCACAGACAACAAAAGGCAUACUCUAGCUGGUCCUAUACGUAGUCCAAUCGGAGAUGAAUUCCGAAAAAAGGAUCGUCAAAGUAUUUCUCAAUCAACUUUUGUUCCAGGAUUUGAUAAUUCUCCAGAAUUCGUCAAACAUGUUGAUAGUAAAAAACCAGCUGGUGGGAUCGCAGUAAUGCCUCCUGUUGUGGACCAUUUCCGUUUAAACUCACAAUCACCUGAACUUACGAAUGGUGGAAAUAUUAGAGUUUCUCCUGAUGACAAUAUCAGGAUUUCAGAUAAAAAACUGCAUGGAAACUUGGAACCUUACCAAAAGUUUUGGCCGCAAGACCAUGUUCCAAAUCAGCCAUCAACAAUCCACUGCGAAGCUCCUCGCAAGCUUACUUCCGAGAAAAAUCGUCCACUUUCUGAUUCGUUUACAAAUAAUAAAUUUAACGAAGAAACAGUUUUAAAAGGAAACCUAUCGAAAAGCAAAUCAGGUACCAAAAAGGAACCAAGAAAUAAUAUCAAACAAAAUGGGACUCAUUCUAUGUCCAAUGGAAAAGAAUCAAAUCCCAAAUCAAAUUCCUUAGCUUCCCUUGCAUCUUCAGAAGGAAGUAUGAAUGAAUACGAUGUUGAAACUGCAACCACUCGUUCAGUUCAAAGCAUGCCAAUUCGAACUCCAUCAAUAUCAUCCAAAGGUCCUCGUAUAAUAACGAUAACAGCUAAUUGUUCAGUUGUGGAUGAACCCAAUAUUAACAAAGAGACACAGAAAUCUAAUUUACAAAAUCAGUCUGUUGUCACUCAACCUGUGGUAUCAGAAUCAACAUUCACAACAAUAACUACUACAGAAAUGGAUCCAACUUCACCCGAAAAGUGCGUUACUAAGAAAACUAGUACCACCAGCGAACAGAAAUCGGUGACACAACAGAUUUCAAAAAGUACUAAAAUCAUCACUUGUCCUAUAGAAGAAUUACAGCCAGCCAUUGUGAAAACAGAAUCUGUCAUGUACAAUCCCAACAGCAAGCCAUGCAGCCCCCAAAGUACCACCUAUGUACCGGUCGUCGAAACAGAGACCUGCAAGGUAUUUUAUACAACUGAUCUGCCUCAGUCUCCUGGGAAUCGCUCAUUCAGUCGCUCCUCUAAUGCGUCACCUCUUCCUCCGCUUGACACCUCCCUAUUAGGAGAAGACAUAUUGAACACUUCAUCUGUAUCCAGCAAAACACGCACAGUUGAAACCAUAACAUACAAAACAGAGAAAGAUGGUGUGAUAGAAACGCGGGUCGAAAAGAAAAUAACCAUUCACAGUGACGGUGAUCCCAUCGAUCACGAUCAGGCAUUAGCAGAAGCCAUUCACGAAGCAACCCUCAUGAAUCCGAACUUGACGGUGGAGAAAAUCGAGAUCCAGCAGACACCUCCGAAACAGUAGUCUCUCUGUGUUAUCUUGCUAUAAUAAAUUAUUUUUAAGGAAACCUGAAUCUCCCUGCACUAAAAGGAAAAGGCAAUUUACAAAUGAGUGUGCUAUAUUUUUUAAUAUACACUGUGAUUUAUGUGCAUUUUAGAUAGAGAACUGAUCUGCAACAUUCAUAGUGUUAAUGCAAAUUUCAUUACAGUACUUCACAUAAGAUGAUAAGCCAUCAUCUGAAGCAGCAAAACUUGUAACAAUCUAGGACCAGCUGUACUUGUUAGAACAUUAUGGCACAAAUCUUUGAGGUGCUGUGUCUUAAAUGCAUUUAAUGUAAAUUUUAUACUGAAAGCUAUGUUUAGAAGGUUCUAAGCAAAAAUGUAGGACCAAUGGUUUUUAUUUAAGUGAAUCUUAUUUUAAAACGUCUUCUUGCUAAGGAAAUAAAUUUUAAAUAAUGCAUAUUCAAUCAUCAAAAUAAUAUAGAUUUUAACACUGGAAAUGCUGAUAUAAGAAAAAGGAUAAAUUCAAUGCUAAAAAUAUGCUAUAAGCAAAACUUACUGGCAGUUAAAAACUUUCAUUCUUUACAAAUUAUUAAAUUAUAAAUUUACUGUAAAAUCACUCAAACUCCAAGUAUUUCUCUGCAUUUCUUUUUUGAAAUAAGUAUUCAGAAUCCAUGAUUUUUUUAAUUUUGGUUUUUGAAUUAAUAUAAGAAAAACAAAUUUAAGCUUCUAGAAACAUAAAUGAUAACGAUAUUCAAUAAAUAACACUGUAUACGAAUUAUCCUUUUCUCUGAUAAAUUAAAUACUUUUCAAGAACCUGGGGGGGGAGUUAAUUUUGUGAAAUCAAUAUUGGUGCCACAGUGGCUUGAUGGCAAGUCUAUUAAAUAAGGCAGCCAGAGAGUGCCAAGCUUGAUAUUUGAUCAACCAAAGAUCAAUCAAAUAUAUGGGCCUGCUGUACAUAAAAUCUUGAAAUGAGAAAUACAUCCUCCACCAAUAAUAUGAAGUUUGGAACAUCACAUGUUCAACUGAUUUUGAAGCUCUACAAAUAAUAAAGCAAAUAUUUAACUAGCAAUUACAGAAAUUUCAUGAAUUUUUCAUUUUAUAAAUUGUAAUUAUUUUAAAACUCAUGUUGAUUAAAAUGGGAUAUAACUAAUAACAAAGCUCUAUUAUACAUACAAUCUCUAGUAAAAUGUGUAUGAAAGUAUUAUGAAUCACGUAUGGCUCGAGUUAGAUUUAAUAAAGGUGAUUUAUUCAAGCCCAUCACCUAUUAAUAAAAUCAAUGAUACCAUGCAACUUAUAUGAGGUGAAGUUUAUAUGUUCAACAGUAUUAUUUAUGAAAAUAAUUAAACUCUUUUCAAGGCCAUAGAAACUAUACUUACCAACAAAUUCAGCAAUUUUUGGCUGUACAUAGUAAACUAGUUUAUCAUCUCUGACUAGAACUGUUAUUCUCUAAGUAAAAGUAAUAAAAUAAACACUCAUCACAUAAGGUGGUUUUAUCAAACUCAUUAUUAUUUAAGAUAAUAAUGGAUCAAUAUCUAACAUGAAAAACAUCUUUCAAUGAAACAAAAACCUUGAUAUUUUAAACUAUA